AUGCCGAAAAUCUCUCCACAUGCUCGAGAUUCUGCCGAACUACUGGAGCUAGUCUACCAAAUGCUCGGCCCUGGCUGUGCUAUCAUUUGGGAUUGGUGCAGUUCCGAAGAGGAGUAUAAAGGAACUAGUAUCUUGACUAUCAGUGAUGAGGAGAGUGUAGUAAGAGGGAGCCCUUGGGGUGUGGGGUUUUUUGAAGUGAUGAUGAACCACCAGGACACUAACCUGACGCUGUCUCUGCUCUCCCACCUGCUCCACCAGGCUCGACAGGUGAGGAUGGGGUCUCGGUGUGUGCGGGUGGUGGUGGUGAGUCACGAUCCGGUCUUCCUCGACACCUUCGCUGAGUGGUCCCUCAAGGGCCGCCUCCUGGUGUGGGCCACCAAGUUGCUGGUGGUCACCAGCCUCCCACUUCCACAGCUCCACGCCGUCCUGUCCUCCCACUGGACCUUCUCCAUGAUGAACACCAUCUUGCUCAACCUGGAGGACACACCACCCAACCUCAGGUACAGUGUGUACACUCACCUGCCGUACAGUCCAGAAGGCGCCCAGGUGUUGCUAGUGGCUGUGUGGACACCAAGACACGGCCUCCGCCUCCUCACAGCCCUGCCACUAUUCCCUGAGAAGUUCUCUAACUUCCAUGGUGCUGAGGUGAACGUGACGGGGAAGCCUUGGCCGCCAUACUGGGUGGAGGAGCAGCAGGAGGCGGCUGACGGGAGCCUCGUCACCAUCUACACAGGCUGUGACUACCUCUCCCUCGAGACUAUCUCCCACACCCUCAACUUCACUAUUAAUAUCAUUCCUACAGCUUCCUGGGAAGAGGUGACUAAGAAAAUGGUCGAGCGAGAGGCAUUUAUCGCGGCAGUAUUCCACGUAGCUCUGAGAGAGCGAUAUAAGCGGCACGACUUCACUUACAUCUUCGAGUUUAAUCAAAUGUCAUUUGCUCUGGCCAAGCCCGGCCUGAAGCCCCGCCUGGAGAGCCUCUACUACCCGCUCACCAACGAAGUGUGGACCGGGGUGUUGGUCGUCGUCCUCCUCAUGCCCGCCAUUUUUUAUGUGGUCAGCAGAGGAAGAGAGAAGCAGGGUGGACGGCUGCGGGUGGGAGCUGAGGUGCUGGAGGUGAUGGGGAUCCUGGUAGGCCAGAACCUGCCACAGCAGCUCCCACCUAUCACCUCCGGCCGCCUCCUGGUGGUGGCGUGGCUGGUGUUCGCCCUCAUCAUCGGGACGGUCUACCGUGGCAACCUCACAGCCGCCCUCACGCUGCCCAAGUACCCACCCCGGCCAGAGACUGUGGAACAGCUGGUGGACACCGUUCAUAGGUAG